CUUGGUUUUUCGCCUUCCUGAGCAUCAGAGACCCGGACCCAGAGUUUGCACCAAUUUUCUUCUCAUCAGAAAAAAGACAAUCUGAAGUCAUGGAUACUCUUCAAAUUGCAGCCCUUGGACGCCCCCUGCACCCUGGCAUGCUGUAUGACUGUCAUGGUGACACCUUUAUCCCAGGAGUCUCACUGUGGGAUCAAGCAGCUAUCAAAAAAGAUAUGAAUGUGGAACCACAGCCCCACACGUAUCUUGAUUUUGUCGCGUCCGACUCAAUCACUGAGAAGAGCAAGCUGUUGGACGUGAGUGCCUCCCUGAAAGUCAGCUUUCUGGCAGGGCUGGUGGAGGUGGGAGGGUCGGGCAGUUACCUGAAGAACACCUUGUCCUCCAUGCGACAAUGCAGGGUCACAAUGCAAUACAAACAGACGACUGAGUUCAAGCAGCUGACCAUGACCCAACUGGGACAUGUGACGUACCCCGAAGUGUUUGACCAGAAGACUGCUACCCAUUUGGUUACAGCGGUGCUGUACGGGGCUGAGGCCUUCAUGGUCUUCGAUCAGAUGGCUGCCGAUGAGAAGGACAAGCAAGAAAUUAAGGGGAACAUGGAUGUGAUGGUCAAGAAGCUCCCUAAAGUUGAUGUCAGCGGUUCAGGGAAAGUGAACCUGACAGACGAGGAGAAGAAGAAGGUGGAGAAUUUCAGCUGCACGUUCCAUGGCGAUGUUACUCUGGAACAGAACCCUUCGACUUACGAGGAGGCCGUGCUGGUGUACAAAGAGCUCCCGAAGCUGCUGGGGGCGGAUGGGAGUAAAGCUGUGCCUGUGAGGGUCUGGCUCUAUCCUCUGAAGAACCUGGACUCCAAAGCAGCCCAGCUGGUGACAGGGAUCAGCUUGGAGCUGGUAUCACGUGUGGAAGUCCUGAUGGGCCAGUUGCAUGAAGCUGAAAUGAGAGCCAACGACUCCAUCAGACGGGGUCAGGCCAUUAAGGCCACCGACAUAACAGACAAGCUGGACAAAUUCCAGAACAAACGGACCAUUUACACGGAGACCCUCAAGCAGAAUCUAUGCAAGGUUCUGCCAGCUAUCCGGGCGGGGACAGAGAAGGAACAGAAGCUGAUCGACAUCCUGAAGUUCCAUGAGGAAUCAUCUUUCACUCACGACAAGAUGAAAAAAUGGCUUGAUGACAAAGAGUCUGAAAUAGGGGUGCUGGAAGACUAUAUCAAGUCUCUGCGUCCUUUGGGCUGCCGUGAAAUUGUACCGCCUGGGCCUGAGCUGGACAAAGCUAUCUUUGAUCCAAAAUAUGAAUAUUCCUACAUCUUCAGCUUCACCUCACUAAAGUACGAGGAACCGUACCUCUCGAACCUACACGAGUGCCUGGCUUCCACAAAGUUCAAGGAAAUGGAGGAGAUCUCUGUGGCUUGUGACCUCAGCUUCAAAGAGGAGGCCCUGCCUUGGUUCAGGAACCCAGAGAGAAUGAGAAAAAUGUUGAGUGAUUUCGGGGUGGUGUUGCAGUUCCCUCAGUACGCAGCCAUCAUCAGCUACGUUUCAGACACCUCCUUCCUCGGAGCUUCUAUCUUUAUUUAUCAAAACGGGAAGCUGAUAUCACAGCGUUGAGGAGAGUGGUGCAGGGCUGCAGAGGAGGCGCAAGAACGGGUGUUACGGAAGGUCCAAGACACACUGGCCACUCAGGAAGAGAAGAAAUAAAGUAAUUGAAAAUAAGAAAGCUGGCAUGGAUGGCCCCUCUGGAAACCCCCCCCCCCCCCCCCCUCGCUUUCUCUCUUAAAUUUUCACAUUUCAAAUUCAAAUGCUUUAUUGCAUGACAUAUUUAAAAACACAUAUUUCCAAAUCAUAGUGACAACAAAAAUCAUCAACCAUGCUAAAAAAAAAAACAAACAAAAAAAACAACAAGAAUAACAGCAUAAAUGACAGUAACUCUGUCUUUCUGUCUCUUGCUGUUUCUGUUUCUUUCACUCACUCACUCUCUCUUUGUCUCUUUCUUUCUCUCUCUCCCUCUCUCACACACACACACAUACACAAGCACACAUUCAAUUAAAUAAAAUAAAUUGCCUUUUGUUGUUUAAUAAUCAGACCUAAAGUUUUACAAUCAGAGUUCAGUUUGAUAAUCAGAUCUUUCUCUGAAUUGUGUAAAGUGUCUGAAGAUCUUUGUGAUUUUUUUUUUUUGUUUUUUUUUUUGAUCCUGGUCCCGGGCCCUCUCCCGCCCCUCAGACAAAUUUUUGGACUAAUCUCUUGUGCCCUUGAGCAAGCUACUUAACCUGCAUUGCUUCAGUAUAUGUCCAGCUCCAUGAAUGGAUGCAUGAAUGCUAUGUAGAAUGCUGUGUGCGUUAGUCACUCUGGAUAAGAGCGUCUGCUAAAUGCUUGUAAUGUAAUGUAAUCAGUAUCUCUGGAACUGCUGAAUGUUUUGCCAUUAUUGCAGCUUCACAUUCUGGGUUUCCCCAGUCUCAUUUGACUGAAUAUUUAGUGAAUAAUUGAGUAAUUUGAAUAAUAUGUAUAAUCAAUAGUGAGUAAUUUUAAUGAUCUGUGCCUGACUACCCUGGAUGCAAUUGCACCAUUCAAAACUAAGACUUACAUUGUACUUGUAUCGUUAUCUUGAUCUUGUAGCUUGUUGUCAUGCCUCCUAGUUUGACUUAACAUUACUCUCUGACCUAGCCUAUGCUUACUGUGUGAACUGGACUUAAUGUGUUCAUGGCUUUGAAUAACUGUUGCAUAAAGAGUAUUGUACCUAAUUCGACCUGUGUUUUGUAGUUGUUCCAAUGACCAUCGGUAUGCACUUAUUGUACGUCGCUUUGGAUAAAAGCAUCUGGAUUGCAUUUAAGAGUAGUCCAAAGAAACAUUCAGUAAGAAUCUGCUUAACUGUUCUCCUGGUACUGUAGUUAGUUGGUACGGAAUCAUUUGGUUAUGUACUUUGUUAGUGAACAUGUUUGUUUAUUUGGCUUGGCCAGCAUCCUGUGUUCAGCUACAGGUAUUGAAUGAUUUCACAUUUGCUCUUGCUGUCUAAACCGGUGACUAUUCUUAUUAAUAAAUCAUCACACUUUCACCACA